CUGAAGUAAUCGAUAAUUCAAAUCACACUUUUUUUUACCGGCGAGACCGAGACACGAAAGAGAAAAUGGUCUUAGAUAUUGAACUGUUCCGUAAGGAAAAAGGAGGAGAUCCUGAGAAAAUAAGGGAAAAUCAGGCGAGACGCUUUAAUGAUGUUACUUUGGUGGACAUAGUUGUUGAACACGACACAGAAUGGAAAAAAUGUAGAUACAGGGCUGAUCUGCUGAAUAAGUUAAAGAAUGUCUGCAGCAAGGCUGUUGGAGAGAAGAUGAAGAAGAAGGAGCCUGUAGGUGAAGACGAGCCUCUGCCAGAAGGUCUGCAGGAUGAUCUGGAAAAUGUCAACCAAGAAAAGUUAGCAUCUCUGACAGUGACCCAGAUCAAGAAACUUCGGGUGUACAUAGAUGAACAAGCCAAGCAGAACGAUGCUGAUCUUAUAAAGCAUGAGACACAGAGGAAUGAGGCUCUGAAGGAGAUGGGAAAUUUUCUUCAUGAAUCCUGCAUCAUUUCAAAUGAUGAGGAUGAGAAUGGUUUAGAAAGGAUGUAUGGUGAUUGUGAAACACGGAAGAAGUACUCUCAUGUAGACCUUAUAGUUAUGAUUGAUGGUGUGGAUGACACCAGAGGAUCAGCUGUUGCUGGUGGUAGGGGCUACUAUCUAAAGGGUCCUGCAGUAUUUCUAGAGCAAGCACUAAUCAACCUGGCCAUGCAGUCAUUGUUUACUCAGGGAUAUACCCCAUUGUAUACCCCAUUUUUUAUGAGGAAAGAGGUCAUGCAGGAAGUUGCUCAACUCUCCCAGUUUGAUGAGGAACUCUAUAAGGUUAUAGGUAAAGGCAGUGAAAAUAAGGAAGAUGGCAGCAUAGAUGAGAAAUACCUGAUUGCCACAUCAGAACAACCAAUUGCUGCCUACCACCGUGAUGAAUGGAUACCCACCGAGUCUCUGCCCAUCAAAUACUGCGGCUACUCUACGUGCUUCAGACAGGAGGUUGGAUCACAUGGCAGAGAUACACGAGGUAUCUUCAGAGUACAUCAAUUCGAAAAGGUGGAACAGUUUGUGCUGACAUCACCUCAUGACAACAAAUCAUGGGAGAUGAUGACUGAGAUGAUUACCAAUGCUGAAGAGUUUAACAAAAAGCUCGGAAUUCCAUAUAGAAUAGUCAACAUAGUCUCGGGUGCACUGAAUAAUGCUGCUUCCAAGAAGUUAGAUCUGGAGGCCUGGUUCCCGGGAUCUGGUGCAUACAGGGAGCUGGUUUCCUGCUCAAACUGUUUGGACUACCAGGCAAGAAGGUUGAAGGUCAGGUAUGGCCAAACUAAGAAGAUGAACCAGGAGGUAGAGUAUGUUCACAUGUUGAAUGCAACAAUGUGUGCUACAACAAGGACCAUCUGUGCCAUCCUGGAGAACUAUCAGGUGGAGGACGGUGUUCUAGUGCCAGAAAUUUUACGCAACCAUAUGCCACCACAAUACAAAGAAAAAAUACCAUUUGUGAAACCAGCUCCGAUAGAUGAACAAGAGGAAAAGAAACAGAAGAAAGGAGGGAAGAAAGAAAAACCGAAGGAUGUUUCAAAGAAAAUGGAUGAGAUGGCAAUUGGUGACAACUAAAUCAUGACAGAAAGAGUGUGAUUUUAACUCUCCACUUAAAAAAAUGUGAUAUAUCUAUUAUUGUGUGCAAGACGUUGGUACAGCAAGUGGCAGAUAUAUAUUGAUUACUUUUAAUGACAUAUUUUGAAUUAAAGUUGCCGGAAAUUGCAUAGCAUACUAAAAAUAUUCCGUUAUUAUGUUUUACUCUUAUUAUUCCAAAGGACAAGAAAAUUAAUAUAUUUUUUCCUAUUUUUCUAUCUUGCAGAUAGGUAACCAGAAAUUGUUUAGGUUGUAGUUCCUUUUCUAAUAUGUAGGUCAUGUCCCAGUAACAGCUAUAUUGAGCAGUCACAUAAUUCAAUAUGAAAUACACAAGAUAAAAUUUUUUUAUCAGUGUAUUAAACUUUGGGUUUGUGAUUUCGCUCUUACAGCAACUUUAGAUUUAUGUAAAAUAGAUUUACAGAGAAUUUUUUUAUCAAAUUGCAUUACAAGUCUGUUCUUAAUUUAUUUUAUGUAUUUUGUGUGUUUCAAAAAGAAAGGAAAACUGAAAAGAAUUUUAUAAAUGUGAUCAUGUACUAGAAAAUGAAGCGGUAAAGGUUUUGGUACUGACUUUGGAAGGGUGACAGUGAUAGUUACCCUCUCCAUUUAUCUAGAAAAACAAACUAAAACAUUGUUUUGUUAUUUUCUUCCUUGUUUUGAAGUUUUUGCAAUAUUUAUAUUAUAAUGUGUUUACAUGUAGUUAGGUCAAAAGAAUGUCUGUUUCUGAGCUUUCAGUUAAAAGCAGUUGACCAGUUGUUAAUAUGGCUGUUUCUUCUUUUGUUACUUUGGUAGUUUUGGUUUUGAACAGAGUUUAAACAUGAUUUUUAGCUCACCUGAGCAUGAAGUGCUCAAAGGUAAGCUUUUGUGAUCACCCUUUGUCCGUCGUCGUCCGUCUGUCGUCAACAAUUUGACUGUUUACACUCUAGAGGUCACAAUUUUGGCCCAAUCUUCAUGAAUCUUAGUCAGAAUGUUACCCUCAAUUAAAUCUUGGAUGAGUUUGAUAUUUGGUCAUCUGGGGUCAAAAACUAGGUCACCAGGUCAAAUCAAAGGAAAAGCUUGUUAACACUCCAGAGGUCACAAUUUUGGCCCAAUCUUAAUGAAACUUGGUCAGAAUGUUACCCUCAAUAAAAUCUUGGAUGAAUUCGAUAUUGGGUCAUCUGGGGUCAAAAACUAGGUCACCGGGUCAAAUCGAAAGAAAAGCUUGUUAACACUGUGGAGGUCACUUUUAUGACUGUAUCUUCUUGAAUCUUGGUCAGAAUGUUAAUCUUGGUGGUCUCAAGGUCCGGUUUGAAUCUGGGUCAUGUAGGGUCAAAAAAUAGGUCACCAGGUCAAAUCAAAGGAAAAGCUGAUUAACACUGUAGAGGCCACAUUUAUGACCACAUCUUAAGGUAGUUCUGCACGUUUUGAUCGAAAUUGUUUCUACAAUGUUGAAUUUAAUUAAACUCUGAUUUUUCAAAACUUCAGAAUAUACCUAGAAAAUUCAGCAAAUAAAAAAGAUAGGGUCGCGUGUUUGAUUUUUUGCUAGACUGAUUUGAAAAAUAGGGACCUCACGCAAUACUUCAUAACGGGAAUCUAUGGGAAAAUCAUAACAUUCAUAACAUUUUCGUGUAUAGAAAUUUUUCUGCAAUGUAGAUUUUGAUGAAACUUCUCACAAUUGUAAAUAAAGACAUGGCCUAUGAUUUGAUGAAAUAAAAUGUAUAGGUCCGUGUUCUUAUUUUUGAGAUAUUUGACCAUGAUUUAAGUAAACUGGACAUUUCACGCUAAUUUUAAGAAAUUAUUUUGUAUUAUUUAACGUGUGAUAUGUUUUAGUAUCAUAUUUCGACUUUAGAAAUAUAGCAACAGAACCACUAAUAAAUUUACUCACAGGUUGCGAUUAAUCCAUAAAAUGAUUUUCAUUUCCGUACGCUGAAUCCAGUCUAUAUUCUACGUUUUCCGGAAAAAUGACGUUACGCCAUCACUUCCGGUUUAUCAAACGUGCAGAACUACCUUAAUGAAACUUUGACAGAAUGUUGAUCUUGAUGAUCUAUAGGUCAGGUUCAAAUCUGGGUCCGGUGGGAUCAGAAACUAGGUCACUAGGUCAUAUCAAAGGAAAAGCUUGUUAACAUUCUAGAGGUCACAUUUAUGACUGUAUCUUCCUGAAACUUAGUCAGAAUGUUAAUCUUGAUGAUCUUUAGGUAAAGUUCGAAUCUGGGUCAUGUGGGGUCAAAAACUAGGUCACCGGGUCAGAUCAAAGGAAAAUCUAGUUAACACUUUAGAGACCACAUUUAUGACCAUAUCUUAAUGAAACUUGGUCAGAAUGUUUAUCUUGAUGAGCUUAAGGUCAAUAGGUCAGGUGAGCGAUACAGGGUCUUCAUGGCCCUCUUGUUUGUUUAAGACACGUAGCGUCGCCUCAGCUCCACAAUGUCCAAGCUGACAUUUUGAAAAAAAAAAAAUGCAUGCAUAUCAUCGGUAAGGUCUUUCAAAGAUCUGCAUUAUGAUAAUACUUAGAACAUUCUUACUUGAUAUCAAAUGAGAAUUUUAUCAUACUUUAAAGUUGUUUUUCCCCAAGGUGAACUUUUGACCUGUUUAGAAAGCUGUGGAAUUGAGGUGAUGACAGUGUUAUUGCUUUUAUUGUAGUGUUAGUUAAACAGACUUAUUUUCUGGAUAAUGGAAGUUUUGCGUUUUAACCAAAUUUAACCUUUAGCCUGCUGGCGGCAAGGUAUUCUGCCUUUGCGACCAGUGCAGACCAAGAUCAGCCUGCACAUCCAUGCAGUCUGAUCAUGAUCUGCACUGUUCCGUUAUUCAGUCAGUUAAUUUUCAGUGAACACCCCUUCAAAUAAUUAAUGGUAUUGUCCAAAUUGAAAGAUGGACCAGUCUGUUUUAGAAAUUUAACAGGCUAAGGGUUAAACAGACUUAUUUUAGUUUUGCUUUUUAACCGAAUUUAAUUGAGACUGUUACAGAAUAAGGAAUAUGUUGUGCUAUAAAAUCUAAUGGAGAAACUUUUUAACACAGUUGUUUAUUUUAACUUUAAAAUCAUACCAUGUUAAUGUAUUGUGCAUAAAAGAAUAACAAUAUGUCAUCAGUUCAUAUUUAUUGACCAAUUAAAACGUACUGUAAGA